AUGGAGGAUAAACAUGCCGGACAACGCGCGACAAGGAGGCAGUCUCUUCAGACCAAUCGGGAGGGUGAUGGUGGAUCUAAAGCUACUAAAGCGUCCGCCACGCGUGGCAGUCAACAGAAAAAAGGAGCAGGAAAAAAGGCCGCGCUUGGACAGGAGAAGUCCGGGAAGAAGGCGGAAGACAAGGGGCAGCGAUCAACGCCACGCAAGCGGGUUUCUACCGUGAAAAACGUUGCGGAAGAUGCCUCUGGUGGAAGCGAGACCGGGCCGAUUGACGACGGCACCAUCGGCGCCAAGGAAGAUCCUGGGCGAGGGAGCGUGAGUCUUGUUGAUCCGUCGGCGGAGAGAGAGGGCUCGGCGAUAGGGGGAAACCACGGCGACGCUCCCCGCGACGAGCAUUUCGCCAUCCAGGAGUCCAAGGUGGAAGCAUCGCAGCACCAUCUGACGCUGCUCCAGCCGACCGUGGCCGAAGUUUCUGCAGCCGUGGUCGAGAAGGACAACGAUGGGGAGCACGAUUCUAUGGAGGAGCAACACGGCAUCGCCGACGUCGGUGGCUCUCCUCCUUCAGGUGGACGUGGGAGGAGUAGGCAGAGGAAGAGUGAUGGGGAGGAAGAGGAUGACACCGCCCUGACCGGGGACAUCACUACGCGGGCGAAGAGGCGGCAGACGACAGGCAGUGCUGACGACGUCGGUGGCGCGGAAGGGGAUGAGGAGGAGGAGGAUGAUGAGGAGGAGGAUGAGGAGGAAGAGGAGGAUGAGGAGGAUGCGGAGGAGGAGGACGCGGAGUUGGGGGAGGAGGAAACAUAUGAGGAUGAUGAUGAGGAGUUUGAAGAGGAGGAGGAGGAGGACAAGGAGGGGGACGACGAGGAUGAGGAGGAGGAGGAGGAGGAGGAGGAGGAGGAGGAGGAGGAGGAGGAGGAGGAGGAGGAGGAGGAGGAGGAGGAGGACGACGACGACGAGGAGGACGAGGAGGAGGAUGCGGAGGAGGAGGAGGAGGAAGGGGCGAAAGAGGAAGAGGAGGAGGAUGUGGCGGCAGUGAAGGCAUUGGGCCACCGGUAA